ACCCAGGCGGCGGGAGGCUCACUGGCAGAGACGCGUGUGUGCUGGGGACCUGACCGAGCUGGACCAUGACUGUGUUUUCGGUGGCGUCAGUCGCUGGACCGCUGUUCCUGAGGUUUUCUUAAGGCACCCCGGAGGAACCGCCCCCAGAUUUGUCCAUCUGCUUGUGAAAAAGAUGGCAGAUAUUAACCUCAAAGAAGUAACCUUCAUAGUAGGUGUGGUUACUGCCUGCUAUUGGAACAGCCUCUUCUGUGGUUUUGUUUUUGAUGAUGUUUCAGCAAUACUGGAUAAUAAAGACCUACAUCCAUCUACACCUCUAAAAACUUUAUUUCAGAAUGACUUCUGGGGAACCCCUAUGUCUGAGGAAAGAAGCCACAAAUCUUACCGUCCCUUAACAGUAUUGACAUUUCGCUUAAAUUAUCUCUUUAGUGAACUGAAACCAAUGUCAUAUCAUCUUCUAAAUACGAUUUUUCAUGCUAUGGUUAGUGUGAUAUUUCUUAAAGUAUGCAGACUUUUCUUGGACAACAGGAGUAGUAUGAUUGCAUCUCUACUUUUUGCAGUACACCCAAUACAUACAGAAGCGGUAACAGGUGUUGUAGGAAGAGCAGAACUUUUGUCAUCCAUCUUUUUUCUGGCUGCUUUUUUGUCAUAUACCAAAUCUAAAGGACCCAACAAUUCUAUAAUGUGGACUCCAAUUGCUUUGACAGUGAUUUUAGUUGCUGUUGCAACACUGUGUAAAGAACAGGGAAUCACAGUUGUAGGAAUUUGCUGUGUGUAUGAAGUAUUUAUUGCCCAAGGGUAUACUUUACCAUUAUUAUGUACUACUGCUGGACAGUUUCUCCGUGGAAAGGGUAGUAUUCCAUUUUCUAUGCUACAAACACUAAUGAAACUCAUUGUUUUGAUGUUCAGUACACUAUUACUUGUUGUGAUUAGAGUCCAGGUUAUUCAGUCCCAACUUCCAGUAUUUACCAGGUUUGAUAAUCCAGCUGCUGUAAGCCCAACUCCCACAAGGCAGCUAACUUUUAACUACCUCCUUCCUGUAAAUGCUUGGCUUCUCUUAAAUCCUUCAGAGCUCUGCUGUGAUUGGACCAUGGGAACAAUACCUCUUAUAGAAUCUUUUCUGGAUAUUCGAAAUCUUGCCACAUUUAUUUUCUUUUGCUUAUUGGGAGCUUUGGGAAUAUUCAGUCUCAGAUACCCUGGUAAUUCCUCUAAGACAGUUUUAAUGGCACUUUGUUUAAUGGCAUUACCAUUUAUUCCUGCAUCGAACCUAUUUUUUCCAGUUGGAUUUGUUGUUGCUGAGCGAGUAUUGUAUGUUCCUAGCAUGGGGUUUUGUAUUUUAGUAGCCCAUGGAUGGCAGAAAAUAUCAAACAGAAGUAUAUUAAGAAAGUUAUCCUGGGUUUUUCUCUCACUGGUGAUAUUCACUCAUGCCUUAAAAACACUCCACAGAAAUUGGGAUUGGGAGUCUGAAUACACAUUGUUUAUGUCAGCCUUGAAGGUAAAUAAAAAUAAUGCCAAAUUAUGGAAUAAUGUGGGUCAUGCUCUGGAAAAUGAAAAGAAUUUUGAGAGAGCUUUGAAAUACUUCUUGCAGGCUACCCAUGUUCAGCCAGAUGAUAUUGGUGCCCAUAUGAAUGUAGGAAGAACUUAUAAAAAUUUAAAUAGAACCAAAGAAGCUGAAGAAUCUUAUAUGAUGGCAAAGUCACUGAUGCCCCAGAUUAUUCCUGGCAAAAAAUAUGCAGCCAGAAUUGCCCCUAACCACCUAAAUGUUUAUAUCAAUCUGGCCAACCUUAUCCGAACAAAUGAAUCUCGACUGGAAGAAGCAGAUCAGCUCUACCGACAAGCAAUAAGCAUGAGGCCUGACUUUAAGCAGGCUUACAUUAGCAGAGGAGAAUUACUUUUAAAAAUGAAUAAACCUCUCAAAGCAAAAGAAGCAUAUCUUAAAGCACUUGAGCUGGACAGAAAUAAUGCAGAUCUUUGGUACAACUUGGCAAUUGUUCAUAUUGAACUUAAAGAACCAAAUGAAGCCCUGAAAAAUUUCAAUCAUGCUUUAGAACUAAAUCCAAAGCAUAAACUAGCAUUAUUCAAUUCUGCUAUAUUAAUGCAAGAAUCAGGUGAGGUUAAACUUAGACCUGAAGCUAGAAGACGACUUCUAAGCUAUAUAAAUGAAGAACCACAAGAUGCAAAUGGUUAUUUUAAUCUGGGGAUGCUUGCCAUGGAUGACAGAAAGGAUGCUGAAGCAGAGAUGUGGAUGAAGAAAGCCAUAAAAUUACAAGCUGAUUUCAGAAGUGCUUUGUUUAACCUGGCUCUUCUGUAUUCUCAAACUGCAAAGGAAUUAAUGGCAUUGCCAAUUUUGGAAGAAUUACUCAGAUAUUAUCCUGAUCAUAUUAAGGGUCUCAUAUUAAAGGGAGACAUUCUGAUGAAUCAAAAGAAGGAUAUACUUGGAGCAAAAAAGUGUUUUGAAAAAAUUUUAGAGAUGGAUCCAAGUAAUGUUCAAGGAAAACACAAUCUUUGUGUUGUUUAUUUUGAAGAAAAGGACUUACUAAAAGCUGAAAGAUGCCUGGUUGAAACUUUGGCAUUAGCACCACAUGAAGAAUAUAUUCAGCGUCAUUUGAAUAUAGUCAGAGAUAAAAUUUCCUCAUCUAGUUUUGUAGGACAUCCAGUGUUCCCAGCUGCUAAGAUUUCAGGUGUAGAAGAAGAAAAAAUUCCAAUUGAAAAUGUAAAAGAAAUCAGAAGUGAAGCCAAGCCCACACAGAUAAUAAAAACAAAUGACAAUAAUAAAAGUCAGUCUAAAUCCAAACAAUUAGAAAAAAAUACAGACAAAGAGACCCCCCACAAAACAACAAAAGAAAUCAAAGAAAUUGAGAAGAAAAGAGUUGCUGCUUUGAAAAGAUUAGAAGAGAUUGAACGUAUUUUAAAUGGUGAAUAGCAUUGCUCUUCAUCAUGUAACAGUGGUUUUCAAAGAACUUCGAUCUAUAUCAUGUGGUUGCUUGUAAUGGAAGCUUUGAAAAAUUGUAAGGAUACACAACAGUCCAUCAUGAGCUACACUAUACAGAUUCAAAAUAAGAUUUUCAUUGAAGACUUGUCUAGUCCCAGGAUUUGUAUUAAAUUAAAUAUGGCAGUAAUUUUCUGAGUUUUGGUGAAUUUAGCAAAACUUUUGCGUUGUAGGUGGCAAAUUUUUAUCUUUUAUUAUAGAAGAAUGUUUUUCCAGCAAAAUAAUCUUUACUGCUCAAUUAAAAAUAAACUGAGGCCUGAAUGACAAUUUCUUGGGGGGCAGAACAAACAUGUAUUAGUUUUAUCUUAUGAAUUAUCAGCUGUUUAUUAGCUGAUUUCAUUUUUCCUUACCUAUUAGAAUCAGGAUGUAGAUUGAAAAAUCCUAAGUGAGCACAUUCAUUUUUCUUCAGUAACCUGUUUUAACCACGGGACUGUGUACUACAAAAGAAUACUGGCUUCCUUUGUGUUGUAUUCUUCUGUUGAUUCUUGGGAUUUAGAAGAAACAUUUUAAAAAUAGGUCAUGACAUUUUAGCUUAAGAAUGUAUUUUCAUGAUUGUGUUUUGUCCUUAAAUCUCUAAAAUGCAGUUUUUUAAUCAGGUACAUGUUUAAAUUUGGAAAUGUGCAUACACAGACAUUUCUAAUGGUGCUCAUGUAACUGUAUUUUCAUUUUUUUACAUUAAUUUCACAACAUGAAUUGCACAAUCAUGGCUAUCUGACUUUUAUUCAUGUUUCUUAGGAUCAUCAUAUUGAGAAGUCCCAUUAGCGAUAACUGCAUUAAAACUUUUAAGUUUUUCAUCCUAGUGUUACCUUUUUAGUGUUAUUUGAACUUUACUUAUAUCUUCCAACAUCAUAUCUUGUUCUUUGUGUACCUUGUAUGACUAAAUUAAGCUCUGGUUAACUAAAGGUGAAACAUGUAACAAAGUUUAUUUUUAAACACUAAGUUCUUGAUAUUUUAUUGUGUAUGUUUUUAUUAAAUAUUUAUUUUGACU